UGCGCCCAAUGAUCUGUUCAGUCAAGUUGAGCGGUUGUGGCAGAUGGACAUCUUGCCCUACCAAAAUGAACGGCUUGUGACAAGGUCAAAGCAAGAUGCUGAAGCUAUUCGCUUGCUGGAGGAGAAAACAAUGAGGGUUGAUGUUGAAGGUGUGCAAAGAUAUGCUACCCCCCUCCUAUGGAAAAUCAGUCCUCCACCUCUAGCCGCUCCAAAGGAAGCAGUACUGCCUCAUUUGCGAAGGACUGAAAAUCAACUGGCACAGAGCUCUGAGAAAUCUCAAGUGUACAAGUCUGAGAUGAACAAGCUGCUAGAAGCAGGCUAUGUGAAGAAAAUUCCCCAAUCCACAGCUGUACAGACUCCAGGGUGGUACAUUCCACACCACAUGGUCCAUCACAACGGAAAGCACAGGAUUGUAUUCAAUUGUUCUUUCAACUUCCAAGGGCUGAGCUUAAAUGAAUAUCUUCUUCCUGGGCCAACUCUGGGUGCGACCUUGCUGGGAGUACUUCUCCGUUUCCGUGAGUAUGCAGUAGCCAUUAGCAGCGACAUAAAGGGGAUGUUUCAUCAGGUGCGUCUCCUGCCAGAAGAUAAAGCAUUCUUACGAUUCCUGUGGCGAGAUCUGAAACCAACCAACGCACCUGAUGUCUACCAGUGGUCAGUUUUACCAUUUGGCACCACGUGCAGUCCGUGCUGUGCAACCUUUGCUCUUCGGAAACAUGUUGCUGAUCACAGCCAACCAGACAGUGAGGUACGAGCAUCAGUAGAUCGUUGUUUCUAUGUGGACAACUGGUUGCAAAGUUUUCCCUCUCUUGAGACUGCCAGACAAUUAGUAGAUGAUAUGCGACAUCUGCUGGCCGAGGGUGGAUUUGAACUGCGCCAAUGGGCUACUAACACACCCCAACUGCUACAACACCUACCGCAGCAAAUCAGGUCAGAGAACCAUGAGCUUUGGUUUAGUUCCGACAGGGCCGACCCCCAGGAGCGUACAUUAGGACUUAGGUGGCAAUGUAGAUCCGACACCCUUGGUUAUAAACAUGGUCAUGUCGUAAAAUCUCAGCCCACUAUGCGACACAUAUAUAGCAUCCUUUCCAGUCAGUACGAUCCAUUGGGAUUCAUCACCCCAUUUACCACUAGAGCUAAGAUCAUAGUCCAGAGGCUCUGGGACAAAAAAAGAGAAUGGGAUGACCCUGAAUUGCCCACAGAUCUCAGGAAUGCAUGGCUCACAUGGGAAGAUGAGCUUCCACAACUUUCCUGUGUCACACUGCCCAGAUGCUACACUACAAAGGUAGAUCCCUUGAUCAGCUCAAGAAGUGUGCACACAUUCUGUGAUGCCUCAGAGCGAGCAUACGGUGCUGUAGCCUAUCUCCGCACUGAAGAUAGCAAAGGACAAGUAGAGGUGUCCUUCUUGGCAGCUAGAUCACGAGUAGCUCCAAAGAAGCAGCAGACAAUUCCCCGACUUGAGCUAUGUGCUGCUCUAACUGGAGCACAAUUGGCAGCAGUUCUGAAAACAGAGCUCUCACUAGACAUCAGCAGUUUCAGAUACUGGACUGAUUCUACAACCGUUCUCAACUGGCUUCAAUCAGACUCAUGUCACUUUAAAGUGUUUGUAGGAACUAGAGUUGCGGAGAUUCAAGAGCUAACUGAUUCAAAAUCAUGGGUAUACGUGCACUCACAAGACAACCCUGCCGACGAUAUUACUCGCGGCAUGUCACUGGCUCAGCUAGCCAAACCUACCCGCUGGAAGAAUGGCCCAGAAUUUCUGCAGAAACCUCCAUCAUCUUGGCCCAAACUGCCCAAUCUAGUGCCAGCUGACACUUCAAAAGAACUGCGUAAACCAGUAUCUUUCCAUCUUCUAAUAACUGAGGCUGACCAGCAUUCAGUCAGUGCUUCUCAAUAUGACAACUUUCAAGAGCUUGUAGAUGCAACAGCCAGAACCCUUCACGGGGCGGCCAGUCCCACAGACACUGUCACUGCUGAUACAUAUAAGAAAGCCGAGCUCAGAAUUAUUCAACAGUCUCAGAUGGAUAGUUUUCCUGACGAAUAUGCUCAGCUUCAAGCAGGGAAACCUAUCUCCUCAAACAGUCGUCUAAAGACUUUAUCUCCCGAAUUUGAUUCUGAAACGCAGCUGAUCAGAGUGGGUGGACGACUCCGAAGAUGUCGCUUGCUGAGCCCUGACAUUCUUCACCCAAUUGUCCUAGACCCAAUCCACUCAGUGACUAAACUACUUAUUAGGCAGUACGAUGCACAGCUCCAUCACCCUGGUACUGAAAGGGUCUUUGCUGAAAUUAGAAGACGCUUCUGGAUCUUGAGAGGUCGUCAAGCUAUUCGAUCAAUUCAAUAUCAAUGUACUGAGUGUCAGAGGUGGCGAGGUAAGCCCAACAUACCUAAAAUGGCUGACUUACCCCCUUCCAGUUUAAGACUCUUCCAGCCAGCCUUUUACUCCACGGGCAUGGACUGCUUCGGCCCAUUUACCAUCAAAAUUGGGCGACGAAACGAAAAACGCUGGGGUAUCAUUUAUAAAUGUUUGACCACAAAGGCAGUGUACAUCGACCUUCUCUCUCAAGCCGACACAGAUUCUUUCCUUAUGUCUCUACGCCGAUUCAUCUCCCGUAGGGGAAAGCCUCAUGAGUUGUGCUCUGAUCAGGGUACCAAUUUCAAAGGUGGAGAUCGUGAGCUUAAGGAAUCCUUCAACAAUAUUCACCCUCAGUUGCAAAGAGAACUUGCCAAGCAACAAAUUGAUUUUCAAUACAAUCCACCAAACUCCCCACAUUUCGGAGGAUCCUGGGAAAGGGAAAUCAGAUCUGUUAAAGCUGCACUAUACACCACCAUUGGUGCACAAACUGUCACAGAGGAAGUGCUCAGGACUGUCCUUAUUGAAAUUGAGGGGAUUUUAAAUUCAAAGCCGUUGGGAUAUGUUUCCUCGGAUGUAGCUGAUCCGGACCCAAUAACCCCUAAUUCACUCUUAAUGGGCCGGUCAGACUCUGCCCUGCCUCAGGUAAUUUACCCUGCAUCUGAGCUGCUCAGCCGCAAACGCUGGAGACACAGCCAGAUACUGGCAGACCAGUUCUGGAGCUGUUACCUGCGCAACUACCUACCUGGACUCCAGUCUCGCCAUAAGUGGCAACAAGAGAAAGACAACCUGACAGUAGGGACAGUGGUUAUGAUUGCUGAUCCGCAAUUCCCUAGAGCAUUCUGGCCCAUUGGGACUGUGAAAGCUGUCCAUACCGGAGCUGAUAACAAAGUAAGAGCUGCAGAAAUCCAGGUCAAAGACAGAACCUACAUCAGACCUGUUGUCAGACUGAUUAAACUCCCUUCACUCCCUGAAUGAUUGUGAGUUCUGGCCCAAGAUACAAAUCUGCAAGCACAUUUGGGGGCGGCUGUACUAAACUGAGGGCCAGUGAUUAAUAUGUUCAUUCAUUCUUUGUACGUGUAAUGGUUAAUUUGCUCGUGUUAUUUAGUCAGGCAUCAGUCACUCGCCUAUAGUUAGGACCCAGAAGGUGGAAAGGACCCGUAUGCUGACGCAGUUUAGAAUUCAUUUAUUAUCGUCUUUAUUAUUGCUGCCGCGAGACGAUACUAACGGUGAUGAUAAUGCCGUUCUGCCGCGAUACUGAGUAAUCGCAUGUGUGCGUGCAUCAAAGAAACCACACUUUAUUAAAGACUGUUCAAGUUUGCAAUGGGUGGUCUAUGAGUGGUGUGUGCAUCUAGCUCCUUCUAAAUGGACAACACUUAAUUGUUCUGAUCGGACACUAUUUGGUGGUUGCCACCGGGUAUUAAUUGGCACCUAAGAGCCGAACAAUUCUUUACAACCACGCCCACCGGGGGGGAAAACAAACCAGUGUUGCCAGACGUACGAUAAUUAUCGUAUUUGUACGAUCAUUUUGACCUCUGUACGAUGUACGAUCAAUAAUGAAAAAAAUCCCAUAAUGUACGAUAAUUUCAGUAUUUUGUGACACUUCAAAUGAUGGUCGUUAUAAUCGGUUCAUUGAUCUAGCUGUGUGGAUCCUCUACAUCAUGGUUGUAAGGAGAAAGUGAACUUUGUUAGGCAUGUCUUCCAUCUCAUCUCAUGUACGUCUUCUCGGCCAAUAAUCGUGGAGAAUGACUCUCUCUCAGGAGCAUAAGUUAACAUUCCUGCCGCGGUGCUUAGGUCAGCUGUUUCUCACUAAGUUACGCCUAAUUAUUUAUGUAUUGUGGUAAUUUGCAGGUCAUGUCAAAAAGUUGUUGGUCUAUAGAUAAAUAGCUGUAUUCUGUACGUUUGACUCGUUAUGUCACCUUUAUUUAUUUAUACAGCACUUUUUACAAUGCAGAUUGUGUCAAAGUAUAGCUUUACAGAGAUAGAGGGAACAUAAUUUUGGUUGUAGAGCAGCUAAAAUAGUGUGAUUGUCCAGCUUAAGUUAGUUCAGUAUUAAUUCUUUCCGUUAUAAAAAUCAUUAGUUAUUAAUUUAGUUCAUUUACCUAUACUAAAAAGUCAUGUACGAUAAUUUUCUUCCAAACACGAUAAUUUUGAGCUUCUGGUACGAUAAUUAGACAUUUCCAAUCUGGCAACACUGAAACAAACCAACAGUCCCCAUUGACUUUGCAUUGCGUGAGGCUGCCUCCUUGUCUUU